CAUCCGAAUCGUUGUCAUGGAAUCGUAAACAAUUUUGUGUCGAGAGAAAUAAAAGUGUGUAGACAAAAGUGGAGUUCAUCAUUCUUCCAACUAAACAUCCGUCAAAAUGAUUCCACCGAACGCUUCUCUAGUUAAAUAUGACAACCCCGUCCUUGUCAGCAGAAAUACAGAUAAGAAAACACCACGGGCAAGAGCUUUAAAAGUUUCUCCGACAUCACCACAAGGUACUGGUCCUGUACCCAAUCCCCCAGCUAAAAACAAGCCAUCUGGUUUAGAUGCUAAAGCUGCUCAACAGACAGAUGAAAUUCUUAAUUCUAUUCUCCCACCACGUGAAUGGACAGAGAACGGUCAGUUAUGGGUCCAACAAGUUUCCAGUACACCAGCUACCAGAUUAGAUGUGGUCAAUCUACAGGAGGAAUUGGACCGUAGGUUACAACAGAGACAAGCUAGAGAAACCGGUAUCUGUCCUGUCAGACGAGAACUCUACUCCCAGUGCUUUGAUGAGUUAAUUCGUCAGGUGACUAUAAACUGUGCAGAGAGAGGUUUGUUGUUGUUACGUGUUCGAGAUGAGAUCCGUAUGACAAUAGCUGCCUAUCAAACACUGUACGAAUCUAGCGUAGCUUUCGGUAUGAGAAAAGCGUUACAAGCAGAACAAGGCAAAUCAGAUAUGGAAAAACGGAUAAAAGAUUUAGAAGAUGAGAAACGUAAACUAGAGAAAGAUGUGAAUGAAUUAAAGGCUAAAUGUGAUCAAAUUGAAAACCGAGCUAAAGAACAGCGACAGGUGGAGGAGAAAAAACACACAGAAGAAAUCCAAUUCUUGAAACGUACAAAUCAACAACUUAAGACCCAGUUAGAAGGAAUCAUUGCCCCCAAGAAGUAAAAAAUGAACAUUUGUAUAAAUAUGUUAUUGUAUAUCACAACAUUACUCCGCGUGGUAUUAAGUCUACAUGUGCAGUAGACACAAUCUUCAUUAUUUAUUUUCUGGGACAGUGGUUUAAUUCGUAAACAUUCAGAAGUUGUUGAUAAAACUAUUCAUAGCAUUAUAUUUAUUUAGAAUUUUAAACAGCCAAAUAGUUUUCGCAUAAAUCCAUUCGUAAUUAUGAAAAGUUGUAAAAUUACUGAUGACCUAAAACUAUUCAUAGCAUUAUAUUUGUAAGAUAGCUUAUUUUAGUUUUCGUAUAAUAGCAUUAAACAUCAACAUAUAGCAGCAUUAUUAUUUUUAAAACAUUUUUAUGAACUAUGAAAUAGAAAGUGUUACAUCUUUGUCUUAACCUUGGUAGGGAUUGGACUAUAAUUAUUGUAGUACUUGAUGAUCAAGACUAACUUGAGUUUUAAAUUAAAAUUCAUCCAGUAGUAUAUCCGGUGUGGGACCAAUAGCCCACAUUAGCUGACAAAUUGGUCAAAAAUCUCAAUACAAGAAUAGCUCUGUCCUUACCAAGGGGGGCAGAUGUAGAAUUAGACCGAAUAAAAGGUCGAGAUGUAGAAUACAGUACCCUGAUAUAUUGGAGAUUGUAAAUAGCCUGGAGACAGAUUUUAAUCAUACAUAUGUAAUUUUAAAUAAUCAACCCAAUAUAUAGGAAUUUAAUUUAAAACCGGACACUUUAUACAUUUUUUAAACCCAGUCAUCUUAUGAUCAACUGGUAGCUUAUUGGUGGGGAGAAGUUAUUGGGGAGCAGUUAUUACAAUGAGUAGGGAGAAGUUAUUAGCGGGCACUUAUUAUGUAGCCUCUAGAAUACAUUUAUGUUAUACUUUGUUCUUUAAAUUUAAUACAGAAUUGUACAUUUAAUACCAGGUUGGAAUAAUAUUAUUAUUGUAUCAUAUUUAAUAAAUUAUUUAUCCUAUAAAACAUU